GGCAUUGAAGCUUCAGUAAUAAUAAUCACACUAUUUUGUUGGAAAUUUUCAAUUUGAUGUUAUGUUCUGUGCUGAUUUCUCUAAACGUGCGUGCUUAUGAUGUAUACAUUUUACUUGAGUGUUAAAUUCAGUGUAAAUCGUCAUAAUGUCGGAAGAAAUUAAUUUGAGCUCUAACAGCCUAUGUAUACCAGAGGACGCAUUUGAACAAUUCCAAGCGGGUGCUAUCUACGAAGAAGAGGAAUUUGUGACUUUGGCAGAUAUCGUGCCGCCACCACCGCAAGCCCCGGUAUUGCCAAACAAUAUUUGUGAAAUUCCGUACGACAAUGAAGUUGUGUUGUCGUCUAACUGUGACGAACAGCUUAUCGGCGAUGAAGCCGGUGCUACAAGUUGUACCCAAAUUGAUUCUGUGCCCGUGAGUGCUUCCGAAGGCAGUGCCGAACAGCCCCCGAGUGUUUCCGAAGACAGUGCCCAGCAGUCUUUGGAACAAAUAAAUGAAAAUGUGCAAACAAUUCCUUCUAAACCGAGAAGGGGACGAAAGAAAAAGAAUCUUGAUGUAAAGGCGGUUCCACAGCCUACACAAAUUGAUUUGGCAACUGCUAGUGAACAAUUACCCACUACUAAAACUAGAAGGGGUAGAAAACCAAAAUCAAGCUUGUUAGCCCAAAAUGAAACAAUAGAGGCAGAAAAUGUUAGUACACUAAAUUCAAAUAGCCCAGCACUCGAGACUAAAAAACGAGGACGUAGUAAACGGUUUUCUGAAAAACCUUCAAAUGAUUUUAUAUAUGAUGAUAUCAAGCAAGUUCGUAGAAAAAGAGGCAGAGUUAAAAGGACUUCAGGCACAGAACUUCCACCACAGACACCAGAGCAGCAAAGUGACAGUGAAGCUGCAAAUAACUUAAUACAUGAAACUACUGAUAAUGGAUUGGAACAAUCUAGUCCACCUAAAAAAAGAGGUAGAGGACGUCCAAGAAAAAACUUACAACAAAGUAUUGCAAACAAUGCUCAUACAACUUUGCAGGCUGAUACAGAUAGUACAUUGAAUAAUGUUGAAGCUGCAUUACAGAAUUUGUUUUCGACAACAAUUGAAGACAGUCACAGUGUGGCUGAGCAAACAAGUAACACCAAUGGAGACAGUAUUAUGCAAGCUACUGACUUAGAAGAUCAAACUAAGGAACAAGACACAAAAGCAACUGAAUUUAAAGGCCUUGAUGGUGAUGAUGAUGAGGAUGAUGCAGAUGAUGUGUCCUUAAGCAAAUUAAAAGAGAGUCUUGGAACUAAUAUUGAAAAUUCAGGUGAAAAGAUUGAAUUAAAUACUUCAGAUGAGCAGGUGUUGAAAUCUACUGAAAAUGAUAAAAUUGAAAUACAUACAAUCUUAAAAAAUAACAAUGUUGAUAGUACCGUGAACAACAUAGAUGAUAAAAGUGAUGACAUAAAUAAUGAUUUCUAUGAUAAUUCAUUACUAGUAGAAGACACAUCUAAGCGGACUACUCGCAGGAAGGCAAAAAAGACAUUUCAUUAUGAUGAGGACUCUGAUGAGGAUCCAUUUGCAAAUGUAGAAUUGUCUGAUGAUGAACCUAGAAGUAGAAGGAAAGGAAAAAAGUACUAUUCUGAUGAUGAAUAUGUUCCUGAAAAGGAACCCAAAAUAGGCAAAAGUAUUUCUUCAGAUGAAUCUGAUAUAGAGAUUAGUGAUAUUGAUAUCACAAAGGAAAUUGGAGUUGGUACCAAGCAGAAAAGAAAGAGGACAUCUAAGAAAUUCGACAGUCCAGGAAAAAGCCCAAAAAAGAAGAGCAGAAUUGAUUCUGACAAAACACAUGACUUAACAAAAGAUAGUGAUAAUAACCCAGAUGGUCAAAUCAGUCCAGAACCAACGGUGAUAGAGGUUCCUGAUGGUUCAACUGAAGAUAAAAAAGGUUUAUGGGGCAUGUCCAAUGAAUUUGAAAAUUUCAUUGCUCAGAAAAUGCAAGGCACUAAUUUGAAAAUUAAAAAGGUGUCAUCGAGUGAACCUUCCCAAAAUGCACCAAUUGAAAUACCUGUGUUAAAUCCUGAUGAUAAAAAAACUAUUGAAAUGGCUUGUCAAACAAACAUUACUAAAACAAUGUCAACAGGUGUGCAAACUACCACACCAUAUGAGACUCCCAUGAAAGAGAAUGUUGCCUUAACUGCAGAACAAUCUGAAAAGGCUUGCGAUUUCCUGAAAAGUAUAGUAAAAACAACAUCUGAACUAGGUCAACUUAUGACACAAAAGUCUGAAGACUUCAUUACAAAAAAAAUUAACACGAACCAUGUGACUGACACAUUCAAAAUGGAUUAUUGUGUCAAAAAGUCAUUUUUAUUGCUAAAACUUGCUAAACAUAAUAUAGUUCAGAUGGAAGAAGAUUUAUCUAAACAAUACCAAGAAUUUCUCAAACACACUAACUUAAUAUCUUACAGGGAAAAGCCAAAAGUUCUUGAAGCUAAAGGAAAAGAUAGUGAUAGUGAUUGUGAAAUUGUCGAAACCAUCCAAGUGCCACCAAAGAGUAAAUCUCAAAAAUCCAAGUUCAAUCCUAAAACUGUAUUUCUUAAUAAAGAAUUGUCUAUCAAAAUUGCUAAAAAACCUCCUCCACAAACUCAAAACCAGAAAGGUAAACAAAAACUUAACAUCGAAGAUCGACAUUCUGUUUGGAUCAGUGAUUCGGUGAUGGUUAAAAAGGUAAAACCAACGCAGUCUUUUUUAGCCCAGGACAGCCGAAAUAAAAAACCUCCUGAUUCUUAUGUGACUGUAAAAAUGGUAAGUGAUUUUUUUAAAAAUUACUAUCAAAGACAGGUGACUUCACUAUGUGCUCCGUUCAUAUCUAGUGAGUGGCUAAACUCUACACAUAAAAACUAUGUGUGCAGUUAUUUUGUUGUGGAGCCUGAUAAGUUUUCUGGUGGGAGUACAAGUUUUCCAGAGGAUGAUCAAAUUUUCUUGGACACCAAUUCUGAGACGAAUUCUGUAUCAACUGUAAAUAAUAACACAAAAUCUACAACUGAAUUAAAUAACUCUUUAAACCCACAAACACUCACAUCUUUGUGUACAAUUGUUUUGCAAAAAGGAAUGCAAAUGUUCAACAUGAAUAAAGUUGAAGAGCAAGAAUAUAAAAUUGAUGAUGCUAUUUCAAAUUUGAAACAAAAAGAAAUGCCUGGCACUUUAUUUCGGCUUUCUUUAAAUGCAUGUCACAGACACAUUUUGCAAAAGCACUCAGAAAUUUCAAAUUUCAAUCCAGCUGGAGAAUCAUUUCAUGAAAUUGAAAAAACUGUGUCAAAUGUAAAGAAAAAACAGAUGCCCAGCACAUUAUUUCGCCUUUCUUUAGAUAUGCUGACACAAGAAGGUAAAAAAUCAACAACAGAUAUUAGUUCCUUAUCAGUGAACAACAAAACCGUUGAGUAUGCCACAAAUGUACCAUCACUGAAAAAACUGUGUUAUCAAAAAGUUGGAGCAUUAUAUAGUAAUAAAGCCAAUACAUCCAAUGAGCUCAGGAUCAAUGACAUUGAAUAUGAAGCUUCAGAAAUAAUAUGUGAUUUUGGUACAUUGAUUGAUGACAUUUCCAUACCCGACAAUCAAAAAGAGUUUAAGUCACUAUUUUCUCUAUGUGUAGAGUGGAUACAAAGAGACCAGAAAGAUUAUAUCACAACUUGUAAACUGCCUAUUCAAAAUAAUGUACUCUGUAAUUCAAAUAAUAAUAUAUUGUUUAUACCAUGUCUGCUGAAAGAUAUGACUUUUGAAACUGUAAAAAGCCUUUUGUACAGAAAGUAUCAUUUUUCCGGGCAAGAUGACGAUCCUGCAAUAGAACAAAAUGAUGUUCAUAUGCAAAAAGUGAAGAAAUUGACAGAUAUUUGCUUUGAAAUAGUUUCGGCAUAUACUGCUGAAGAUUUUGAUAAUAACGAGAAAACUACAGUCAGCCUGACAAUAAACUCUGUAAACACCAUGUCAGAGGAAGCAUUUCAUAAUAUAGAAGAAGAUAAUUUAGAAGAGGGUGAUGACGAUCUCUAUGAUGAAAACAAUUUUGAAGAUGAUUUUAACAAUGAUGAAGGAGAAAAUCAGACAGAAGAACAUAACUGGGUGUCGCAAGUACAAAUGAAAGAACUUAAAUCUUGCUUUCUACCUGAUAAUGUUAACGAAAAUGAAAAUUUUGAAGAUAAUAACAUUUUACAAGAACCUCUAACGACUCUCAUUAAACUUGAACCUCAAGAUGAGCCUUCUGGAUGUGUAGUAGAUUCUACAAUAAUAAAAACAGAACCUGAGGCAAAUCUUGAUGAAAUGACUUAUAUUCCUGAAAAUGUACUAGCAGUACAUACUAAGCAGGAACAAAUUGAACAUACUGACGUCAGAAAUUCUAUUCAAAGGUACAAAAACUCCAAUUAUGAUGAAGAUUUUCUAAGUCAGAGUGAGCAAGAUUCCGAAAUAUUUAGUCAAAGUUCUUUAAGGGUCCGCAGACAACAUGAACCUGACUAUAAUAAUGAAUACGAUCCUGCUAUGAGCUUACUAAUUCCACAGGCUUUUGAACCACUUAAUGCUGUAACAGCUAAAGGGAGUCUGAUGGAAAGUAGUUCUGACGAGGCAAGUAAUAAUAGUAAGAAACCUACUGGAAAAAAGAAACCUGACAGAAGACUAAAAAAUAAAAAAGCCAAGAAACCUGAAACUAAACAAAAUAAAGAAUUGCCAAUACAAAAAGAAAAAUCGCCUCCACCAGCACCAGCAAUAAACGAAGUGGCUGUUCUUACUAGAAAAAUGCGAGAAAGGAUAAGGCAAGAGGAAAAAAAAGUUGAGUCUUCAGAUUCUGAGACUGAAAGUGUGUCAGUUACCGCGAAAAAAGAUAAAAACCGAAAGCAUGACAUUCAAAGUAAACCUUCAACAAGUAGCAAAGCUCCAGGUGAUGAAAUACAAUGCAAUAACGUAGAUUCAACUGAACAAAUUGACACAGAGAUUGACAAGAAUUUUACUGGUUUUACUGCUGUAGAUCAGAACGAAAUCAACAAUUAUCAAAAGUAUGUGAAAUUUGUAUAUGACAAGAUUUUACCGAAAGUCAUUUCUGAAGAAUCUAAACAAAAUGAUGAGUUGAGAGACGUAAGAGCAAAUUCAAAUAAAUCUAUGAAUGACUAUGCACCUGAAACUUCCUCAGUUGUUUCUGAAGACAAUAAUAAACCAGAAUCGCCUCUCAUUAAUUACGAUGAUCCUGUUGAAAUGUUAGAAUGUGAACCUACAAUGCCUGUAUUUGAUGAUAAUGUACAAGCACCUAAACAAUCCAAAAGAAAAGUGGGCAAAGGUAAAAGUAAACCAGAAAAUAAUGUACAAAAGGCAGAAGAGACAAAUAAAAAAUCUAAAGUGGAAGAUCAGCCGCUAUACACUGAGCGUAGUGGAUGGAAGUGUUAUCGCAUUGAUCCUAACGAAACGAAACUAUAUCAAAAUGCUGCUAUAAUUUUGGAGAAACUGCCGGAAACUUUUGUAGAAACAUAUUUCAGAUAUCAAGACAUCACUGAUAGAAGCAAAGAGGAUAUAGAAGUUGAUCGAUUAAUUAAUUUGAACUCAUUGAAUCGAUCAUCUCUAAAAGAUGGUAAGAAGGCAAAAGCAAAGAGUAAAAUCGCUACGGAAGGGCAGUCGAGCAAGUCAAAUGUUGAUGCUUCUAGGCCUGCAACUCCCAAUUCUGAUGGUCGUGAUGAGUUAACGGCUUCGGAAGAUGAAACCAAUGUGCACGACGAAGUACCCCCGCCUGUGGGUUUACAGACAAGUGAAAACUGUAUGGCCAAAAGCUCUUUGAUGAACGACAGUGAUUCCGACGAAGUUCUUUCAAAAAUUAAGCACGAGCCUAAUGAAGAAACACAGAAACCUAUGCCUCUUAGUAAAAAGAAACUUAAUGUGGUAAUGAAACAACCAGAGUCAUUGAUGUUGACAGCGGAUAAGAUGAUGAACAAAGAACUAAAUAUGCUGCACGCACCUGUAGUAUUGAGCAAUGAUAAUCUGGGGAAACAGGACAAGGGUCCCUCUCCUAAAAAUAAAAAUAAAAUUAUUACGAGAAGCCAUGCAACACGAGAUCGCAGUAAGAACGAUGAAGAUUCUUCAUCAGAAGAGGAAAAGCAGUGGGUAUCCACUAAAGAGAAACUGCUCAAGCGAAUGGGAAAGAAACAAGAUACUGCCAGGGCCGACGACGCGAAACGCGCGAAGCUUGUGAGUGAGUUCAUUGAGCGACGUAGCGACGCGCCUGAGUCUCGCAAACGCGGAGGCCCGCGGCGCGCCCGCCGGAGCAGCCGCAAAAUGCUGGAGCGAGAGAAACAGAUGAGAGUGCUAUCGCACGAAAUGUUUGGGACUCCCGUCGAACACUUAGGGUCGCGACAGGUGUCGCAGUCGUUCUUCAAGGGACGUCGUAAUAUUAGGAAAGUUAUAGACAAGAAGUCUUUGGCGCGAAGUACAGUUGUAGCGAAUAUGGAGGAGUUCGAGAGGAAAUGUAGACUGAACCAAAGACAGGCUCAACUGAGAGAGGUCCUCGGUUGCGAGGAAGGCGUGAGCGUGCUCGUGAUAAACGACGAGGUCUGCCUGGAGUACGGGUUUGAAGAGCAGCGCCCACUGGUCACCAUCCACCCCUUCUUCACCAAGGUCAUGAAAGCACAUCAGUAUGAAGGCGUGAAGUUCAUGUGGGACGCGUGCUUUGAGAGUCUGGAGCGCGUGGAGUCGGGUCACACGGGUGGUGGCUGCAUCCUGGCGCACUGCAUGGGGCUCGGCAAGACGCUGCAAGUGCUGGCGCUGCUCCACACGGUACUAACACACCCCCGCGUGGGCAUGCAACGCGCGCUCGUAUGUUGCCCUCUAUCGACCGUGCUCAACUGGGUCGACGAGAUACACAAGUGGAUCGGUCCAGUUACUGACAAGAUCAAACAACGCAAGUUGAAAAAGAAACUUCAGGUUUUCGAACUAUCAAAACUAAAGAAGACAUACGAGCGCGCGUACCAGUUAGAAGACUGGUACAACGAAGGCGGUAUCUUCAUCAUUGGUUACGAGUUGUUCAGGAGCCUUACCACUCUUGAUGCGGAGUUGGACGACAUCCGUCCGACAAUCGUCAACAAAAUCCGCACAGCUUUGCUUGAUCCUGGCCCCGAUAUAAUCAUAUGCGAUGAAGGUCAUCUCCUUAAAAACGACUCCUCAGUACUAGCCAUCGCUAUGAGCCGAGUGAUGACCAAGCGACGCAUCGUCUUGACAGGGACACCGAUGCAGAAUAAUCUCAGAGAGUAUUACUGUAUGGUCAACUUUGUGAAGCCUAAUCUACUUGGAACUUACAAAGAGUAUUCGAACAGAUUCGAAAACCCGAUUAUGAACGGGCAGCAUAGAGACUCAAAAGAAGACGACAUUCAGCUGAUGAAACAACGCACGCACAUUCUUCACAAAGUCCUAGAAAGCUGCUUACAACGUCAAGAAGCGUCCGUCCUCUACCCUUACCUACCAAAGAAACACGAAUAUACAGUAUUCAUAUCCCUAACAGAAGUCCAAUGGGAACUGUAUAGACACUACAUACAGAACUACUGCUCCAACAGGCAGAAUAAACAGAGUGUGUUAAAGGACUUCCAUAUUCUACAGAAGAUCUGGUCACAUCCCCAAGUGCUUCACAACUUCCAAAUGAGGUCGCGGGAUGAUACCAACAUUAAGUUGAAACCGGAGAAAUUAGAAGACGACUUAGCUCGCGAAGACUUGGCGGCUUCCGAGGAUAUCAAGCCGACUGAGACCGAGGUCUGGUGGCUGCAGUACUUGGACGGUGGCAACAAGCUGGACUCCCUGGACAGCUCCAAUAAAUUCAUCGUGUUCUUCAAAAUUCUAGACGAGUGCGUCGCGUUGGGUGAUAAAGUGUUGUUAUUCUCAACAUCUCUAAUUACGUUGGAUGCUUUGGAGUACUUCCUUAAGAAGAUCAACGACUGGAGCUUAGGCCAAGAGUACUACCGACUCGACGGCUCCGUGCCGCCCGAGGUGCGCCAGAAGUGGUGCAGGGAGUUCAACGCUGAACACAACCUUAAAACUAAAUUAUUCCUGAUCUCGACCCGCGCGGGUUCCCUUGGCCUGAACAUGGUGGCGGCCAACCGCGUCAUCAUCUUCGACACCUCCUGGAACCCGGCGCACGACAUCCAGAGCAUCUUCCGCGUCUACCGCUUCGGACAGAAGAAGGAUUGCUAUAUAUACCGGCUCGUCGCUUUGGGCACGAUGGAACAGAAGAUCUACGAGCGGUCGGUGACGAAGCAAGCGAUCGCGUGCCGUGUCGUCGACGAACAGCAGAUCGACCGACAUUACAACAUGGCUGAACUUACCGAGUUGUACAGAUACGACGAGUGCGGCGGCAACGUGCUGGGCGGCGUGGCGCCGGGCGUGGAGGACGUGGCGCUGCUGCGCGUGGCGCGCUUGCCGGCCGUGCACGCGGUGCACGAGCACGACUCGCUGCUGCGCGGCUCCGAACCCGGGCUGCCCGAGCACGAGCGCGACGCCGCCUGGAUGCAGUUCCAGCAGGAACACGCGCAUAAACAAAUGCAAAAUCAGCUGGUUUCAAGUUUAUCACUAUACUUACCUCAUCUGAAAGCACCGGAGACACAAAAUGAUCCAGAACCGGGACCGAGUAACGUAGAUCUAAAGCAAGAAAUGCAGACUGAAGAUAGUAACAAAGUUGAGGACUCUAAACCAGGGCCUAAAUCGAAAAAGGGCAAAAAAGCAGCAACGGCCAAAGCAGAAAAAUCUGAAACCGUUGCCAAUGACAAAGACCAAGAUAUCCAAGAAAAAAUGGUCGGUAGGAUCAUGGACUUGCUGAUUAAACAUAACUUCCAAGAUAAUCAGUUUCCGCAAGACGUAUCGGAGCUGGUAGCGACGGUGCGGAAUAUAGUCACAAAUGGGAAAGUUCCAAAGGGUCAGUUCAACAACGAACUGGCGAAGAGUAUCGCCAAUGUGCUUUUGAUGAAGGAUGAUACUCCGCCGACAUCGACUCCGUGCUCGUCCCGCAAGAGAGGUCGGCCGCGGAAGAAAGUAGCUCAGAAACCAGAGACGCCGCCACCACCGCCACCACCACCUCAAGCAUCGACAUCACCAGAACCCGUCAUGGGCGGAUACUCGCGACGUAGAGCAGCACUAAACGCCGCGAAACAAAUAGAAAAUAUACAAGAUACCGUUAUGGAAGGAGAUGAUGAUUGGCGCGACGAAUCCUGGACCGAGGAGAUAAGGCCGAAAACCAAACAGACACACAACGAAUCAAUAGUUAAACAAGAACAAGAAGUGCCCAACACUCCAAACAAUUUAAUUUGUGACGAAAGCAUCCUUUUAAGCGACGACGACGAAGCCGCUCCGGUACAAAGCAAUACCAAGACCCAGAAAGAAACGAAAAGCAAAACUCAGAAAGACACGAAAAGCAAAAAACGGGAAGAACCGAAAGGCAAAACGGUGGAAAAGCCGAAGAGUACUGGAGACGAGGUGAUUCCCUUGCACCCGUCGUUGCUGAACAACAAGAACUUUAUAAAGAUCGUAGCGCACACAUAUAUGGAUGGUAACCCUCUGAUGGACGAGGACGCGGCCAUGUUAGCUGCGCAGUACAGUACUCUCAAAACGAAGCAGGAGAUUGAGAGCACCUGCCAGCCAGUCAUCAGUGGACCCAUUUAUGAUAUCGCUGUUAAGGUGUUAGGUAUCGAUAUACUAAAGAAACUCCACCGUGCCCAUCCGACCAAAAUGCUAGACGCAAACCCAAGAGAGACAACCAAACCUGCCAACGAACCGUCUAAUCCUGUAGCAACACCUCAAGCAAAACCGGCUACUGUGGAAACUAGGAAACAAUCAACUGUAGUCGAACCUGAGAAACCUGAAAAGAAAAAGCAAACGCAGGGGAAAAAGCCCGGGCUAAGGCUGAAUGCUAAGUUAUUAGAAGAGCGGGUAAAUACCCGUGAGUCGGUGCCGACUGCUACUAGCGACGUCGUACCUGUUGGAUUAAUAAGAAGUAGUUUGACGCCGAGUACUCCAUUCGCUCCGCAAGUGCAGGAGGAGAGUAUCCUGCCGGACGACGACGACGUCGCGGUCAGCAGCCCUGCGCCCGCGCCCAAGGGCACACUCAAAAAGAACGCCAAACCUAUCAUACUGAAGUCUAUAAAAGCCGUCGGAAAUAUCGCAGCGGCCGGGCCGCCACAGCCGGUAACUGUUACCGCGGGUCCGCCUUCCCAGCCGCGGAUACCUAAAUUAGUGAUCUCCGCAGGCAAGCUGGUGCCUUAUCCGGCAUCGUUCACGAACUCCGUCCCGCAGAGCAGCGCGCCGCCAACGCCGACCACGCCGACCGUCGCCAAUCCCACCCCUAAAGAGCGCCUGGCCAUCAGUGAUACCAUUUGCCUGGACAGCGACGAUGAGGAAACCAUCACGCCUAACGUAAAGGCGGAGCCCCCGCCGAAGAAGAGAGUCGCGACCAAGUCCACUAGCAAGCCGGCAGUGCCGAAGGCCAAGCCUGCGUCUGCGCCGUUCCCCGCUUCCGCGCCCUUCCCUGCUUCCGCUCCCUUCCCCGCGUCUGCGCCAUUCCCGGCAUCCGCACCAUUCCCGGCGUCGGCGCCUUUCCCCGCAUCGGCCCCCGUCCCCGCAUCGGCCCCCGUCCCCGCAUCGGCCCCCUUCCCCGCAUCGGCUCCCUUCCCCGCAUCGGCCCCCUACCCCGCGUCCGCGCCGUAUUCCGCGAUGGCAGCCCCGGCCGCCGCGCCGCCUAGCCAUCCUUUACCGGGCUCCGCCCUCAAUGUCAAUGUAUCCGGCACGGACUACAUCAUGAUCCCCGCGUCGCACCUGAACAGAUUGCCUCAAGCCCCCGAGGAGCCGCGUGCGGCCCCGGGUCGCCGCCAGCCUGCCACUGUUUUACGGUCAAAUGUCCCAAGUGCGACGACCGUGCUACAAAAUAAUCCGCUGUUAAAGGGUAUGUUAAAUAGCGACGCGUCGAUCGCAUCCAAAAAUGUGAAUUUGCAAACUGCGGAGCCGUCAUCGAGUGCUCCGAAGGUUCUCAAGUCGAACCAGACUGUCUGCAAGCCGGGCGAUAUCCUCCGGAUUACCAAGAGUGGGCAACUCGAGAUUCUGAGUAAGAGCAUUGAAGACGACGACGAAGAAGUGAUGUUCGUGGAUAACGACGUCGUAUCCAAUGUAAGCAAAACCCAAACUCCCGUUAAGCAGACUGCACGCGCUACUGCGACAGCAACGCAAGUUGAACCUACUCCCGCAAAAUCUGCACCUACUCCCGCAAAAUCAGCACCUACUCCCGCAAAAUCAGCACCUACUCCCGCAAAAUCUGCACCUACUCCCGCAAAAUCUGCACCUACUCCCGCAAAAUCUGCACCUACUCCCGCAAAAUCAGCACCUACGACCAGAAAAUCUGCACGCAGGUCCACAAUAACUACAACUACGCCCACAAAAACUGCGCAGUUCCCUACGACCGAUAAGAAAUCCGAGCGAGUUCGGAAAGUAUCUUCGUCGAGCAGCAGUGCGGAAUCGCGACCUAACAGCCCGGACGACCCGCUUUCGAUCCUUAGAGAUGUGGUCCACAUCCAGGCGCUCGACGUUGACGCCGACGAUAACGAACCAGUACAUAGUACAAGUGUGCCCACACAACCGAGAAACAUAAAAAGUACUAGCUUGCAGUCUAGUACGAUUCCAACGCCUACCACCACUACGAAGGAUUCAUUGCCUAAAGCUGCACCACAAGCUAAACGCUCAACCAAUACUCAAGAUAAUAUCGAGAGUCAUAUUUCUAAAACUCAUGGUAUUCUCAAUAAACUGGACUGUUUACUCGGUGCGGCUUCGAGCGGGAAAAGCCAACCUGAAGCCCCAAAACAAACGCCGAACAAAAAGCAGAGCAGUGCUGGACCUUGGCGUGAUACUAUCGACUUGACAGAUCGCUUUGGUGAUAGCGAAGUUUCAUGGGGGAGUAAGAAAAAACCUGGAGCGAACGUAGAAAAGAAAGUCAAAAAACCCCCCACUGCGUUGACGAAGGAAACACCCCCCACUACACUAGUGGGGACAUCUAAAAAUAUCAUCAUCAACAGCAGCGGGAAGGCGACUGUUACUAGCAGCGGGACAGCAAACAAGUCGAUACGAGUCACCAGUACAGAAAUGCCGUCUGCAUCGAAGCCGCGGACCGAGACCAAGAGACGAGGCGCGCAGCCGCCGCCUGUGCCGUCUAGUGCGCCAAAGAAGAAAAAGACUGAACCAAUGUCAUUGGAAGAUUUCAACAUUGACGAUAUCGACGAUAUCAUUGAAUUGGAGUAAAUAAGAGGUUAUACAUUAUAAUAAUAAUGUUUAACAUUGGUACCACCACUAUGAAUAUGGAUACUACAUAGAUUUACUACUACCGUAGAUUAAACAUAAGCGCUCAAAAAGUGCGAUGCAAAGUUAUUGUUAAUUUAGCGACGUUGGCAGUACUUUACCUCAGUGCGCGAUUAGGCGCCGAACUGGCGACACGGGGAAGUGCGUGGUAAUAACUUGCAAAAAUAGAAGCUGAAAGCGAAAAAAGAAGGCUGGAUCAUCAUAUUUCUAAUAAGUAAUGACAUUAUUAUUAUAGUUUAAAAUACACUAAAACAAGUACUCUCGAUCAAUCCGAGUCGCAGUAUAAUCCGAUCGCGUUACGAAGCACUACACGCCACUAUAUGUAAUAAGACGAUGCGUACUUUCUUAAUUUGACACGAUUAUUUUUAAUGUAUAUACCCGCUGUGUACGAAUGUAUAGCUAAACAAGCGCCAAGUUUUCGCCGCAUUUUUGUAUCAAGCGCUGUAUCUACGGUAGUGGUAAAUCAAUGGGAUACUACGACAAUGUUUUGAUGUGGUAUAUAAAUUAAUUAACCUAUGGUUAGAAGCAGGUGUGUAUUAUUUUUGUUGCUCGUGAUCUCAUUUGGACUUGGGACAAAAAGAAUGCCAUCUUGUUUAUAGUAACGUCUGUUCUAACGUGUAUGAGGUUAUAAAAAUCAUAUAUAAUCUUCAAACUCCUUAAGUGGAAUUUGCAAUAUUCUGGUUGAUUUACCAAUAUUUUUUUACUAGUGAAAGUUGUAUAUGGCGUUAUUCAAAUGGAAAUAACGUCGAUUUCGUUUGAAAUCUACGCAAGGUAGAUACUGAUAUCUAGGUAUAAAUAUUAUUAGUGAUAUUCUAGAAUAUAUUGUACGGUAUUGUGUAGACUUCCUGUUAUCCUGUUCACAACUUAUCUUAUUGAUAAAUAAGAUGGUAAACAUACCGUUUCAUUGUGACACCUUUGUGUAAGUUAUAAAGUACAGAUUGUAACAUUGAUGAAUAUGUUGCUAAUACUCGUUCUUAUUUGAAUGUGAUUUGAUUACUGAUGAGUAUAACGCAAACUUUUUA